CCGUUCGUCCGUAUAGAAUUAUCCUAUAUGGUUUGCAUGCCGUAGCCGGUACUACCCAUUUCCGGUUGGACGAAUGAACGCCGCCGAGCAGCUUUGUGCCGCUUUGCUGACACGCUGCAAGACGCUCCAAAACGUCAAGGAAGUCCACGCCUACGCUUGCAAGACCGGCCUCGAUAUCGACCCAUUUGUUGCCGGUAAACUAAUACUCCAUUGCUGCGUAUUGAUCUCCGACGCUCUCGAGUACGCCCGGCGUCUCUUCCGCCACACUCCAAACCCAGAUGUAUUCAUGUACAAUGCCCUCAUCCGCGGCCUCGCCGAGUCCGAUUCCCCUCAAAGCUCCAUUCUCACUUACGUUGAAAUGCGCCGGAAAUCGACUGCGUCUCCGGACAGCUUCUCUUUCGCCUUCGUUCUCAAAGCGGCUGCGAACUCGAGGGAUUUGGGAGCUGGGUUUCAGCUCCAUUCUCAAGCCCUGACUUUCGGCCUCGAUGCCCAUCUCUUUGUUGGGACAACCAUGAUUAGUACGUACGCGGAAUGUGGUCGCGUCGAUUGUGCAACCAAGGUAUUUGAUGAAAUGUUUGAACCAAAUGUUGUGGCGUGGAAUGCGAUGCUCACUGCUUUUUUAAGGUGCGGUGAUGUCAAGGAUGCGGAGAGGAUGUUUCGUCUAAUGCCGUGUAAGAAUCUGACGUCGUGGAAUGUCAUGCUUGCGGGGUGUAUGAAAUCGGGUGAACUUGAACUUGCGAGAAAAUUGUUUGUGGAUAUGCCCGUGAAAGAUGAUGUCUCUUGGAGUAGCAUGAUUGUUGGGUUUGCUCAUAAUGGUUGUUUUGACGAGGCUUUUGGGUUUUUCAGGGAGUUGCAGCGGGUGGGAAUCAGGCCCAAUGAAGUGAGCUUGACUGGAGUUCUCUCUGCCUGUGCACAAGCAGGGGCUUUUGAGUUCGGGAAGAUCCUGCACGCAUACAUUCAGAAAUCCGGGUUACUUUGGAUCGUGACGGUGAAUAAUGCCCUCUUGGAUACGUACUCUAAAUGUGGAAAUGUGGCUAUGGCUCGUUUGGUUUUUGAUGGCAUGCCGGGGAAGAAAAGCAUUGUUACUUGGACAUCCAUGAUGGCAGGACUUGCAAUGCAGGGAUAUGGCAAAGAAGCAAUACAACUUUUCGACGAGAUGGAGAGGUCAGGAAUUAGACCUGAUGGAAUCACAUUCAUUUUGCUACUAUAUGCUUGUAGCCAUGCUGGAUUAACCGAAGAAGGAUGCAGGUAUUUCUUCAAGAUGAAGGAAAUCUAUGGUAUAGAACCAGCCAUUGAGCAUUAUGGUUGUUUGGUUGAUCUCUAUGGUCGAGCAGGUCAGCUGCAAGAUGCAUGCGAGUUUAUAACUAAAAUGCCGGUAUCACCCAAUGCCAUUAUUUGGCGGACUCUGUUAGGGGCUUGCAGCAUGCAUGGCCACGUUCAACUGGCCAAGCAAGUGAAGGAAAGGCUGUCCGAGCUUGAUCCUGACAAUUCUAGCGACCAUGUUUUGUUGUCAAAUACCUAUGCUGUCGCAGGGAAGUGGAAGGAUGUUGCAGCGGUAAGAAGAUCUAUGAGCCACCAGAGGUUGAAGAAAACUCCCGGUUGGAGCAUGGUCGAAGUCGACAAGAUCGUGUACAGUUUUUUCGCAGGUCAAAAGCAAAAUAAGAUAACAGAAGAGGCAUAUGAAAAACUAGAGGAGAUAAUGCUAAAGCUCGCGAUCGAAGGAGGCUAUGUUCCUGAGGUUGGCAACGUUUUGCACGAUGUGGAAGAGGAGGAGAAGGAAGAUGCUCUCUUUAAGCACAGCGAGAAGCUUGCGGUUGCAUUUGGGAUGUCAAGAUGGUGCAAGGGCAGGAUUAUAAGAAUUGUGAAGAACUUGAGGAUUUGCAGGGACUGUCAUGUUGUGAUGAAGCUAAUUUCUAAGAUUUAUGGGUUGGAGAUAGUGGUUAGGGAUAGAAGUCGAUUUCAUUCCUUUAAGGGGGGCUCUUGCUCAUGUAGAGAUUACUGGUGAUUGAAGAUUGAUGGAGAGGAAAGCAACUGAGAUGCUGCUGCAGAAGGAAGAGGACAGUUAAUACGUGUUCCUUCCGGUUCAAAAGGGGUGGUGGUCGGACAUGAGCUCUCCACGACAAGAAAGGGAUUCUGGGGUGGCUAAUAUCUACAGGCACUCUGAUGCACUCAAUUUGCCGAUUCGGACAUAGGAGUGUCGAGCGAGGGACGGAGGG